AUGAAUGUCUUGGCCAAAUGUGCCAAGGGCACAGGUAACCCAAGACAUUUAUUUAUCUAUCUUUUAAUUAAAAAAUAGAUAAAUGAACGUCUUGGGCUACCUGUGGCCAGGGCACAGUAGCCCAAGACAUUCAUUUAUCUUUCUUUUAAUUAAAAAAUAGAUAAAUGAACGUCUUGGGCUGCUGUGGCCAGGGCACAGGUAGCCCAAGACAUUCAUUUAUCUUUCUUUUAAUUAAAAAAUAGAUAAAUGAACGUCUUGGGCUACUGUGGCCAGGGCACAGCAGCCCAAGACAUUCAUUUAUCUUUCUUUUAAUUAAAAAAUAGAUAAAUGAACCGUCUUGGGCUACCUGUGCCCAGAUGGUGAGGACGUAGUUUUUGAUGGUGAGGACGUGGUUCCUGAUGGUGAGGACGUAGUUCUUGAUGGUGAGGACGUGGUUCCUGAUGGUGAGGACGUGGUUCCUGAUGGUGAGGACGUGGUUCCUGAUGGUGAGGGCAUGGUUCCUGAUGGUGAGGACGUGGUUCCUGAUGGUGAGGACGUGGUUCUUGAUGGUGAGGCCGUGGUUCCUGAUGGUGAGGACGUGGUUCUUGAUGGUGAGGACGUGCUUCCUGAUGGUGAGGGCAAGAUUCCUGAUGGUGAGGACGUGGUUCCUGAUGGUGAGGGCAAGGUUCCUGAUGGUGAGGACGUGGUUCCUGAUGAUGAGGACGAGGUUCCUGAGGACAAGGUUCCUGACGCCUUUUUUGUCGAUUUUCACUGA